AUGGCGGAUCACGUCCAGGCGCAGAAGGGAGAGAUGGUGACGCUGGCUGGCCUUGGGAAGCUAAUGCUGGAGAAGUCGGAAGCGCAGGUCGUGUUGGAGCCAAAAGAGGAUUGCGACAAGAACAUCUUCUGGGAUCUGUUGCGCGAACGAGUUGCACGCAAAAUUACCUUGGGAAGAAUCGAACUGGAAGGCAAGAUGUACGUCAAACUUGACGACACCCUUUUCGAUGCAUCUGGUACAGUUACACUGUUUCAAGAAGAGGGCGGCAUAAAGGCGUUCGGUGUGGAAGAUGUUGUGUUUUAUAGCGAAGUGGUCCAUUCGCCAACGUAUUUGGCGUAUGCGAACAGAGCUGUUAAAAAUGGCAAGGAAGUUUUGCGCCGUCGCGAUGUGUAA